AGCAUUCGGCUGCUCGACCGCCGAUCAUUUGAUCACUCUGUUCCUCCUCCUUCGCGCGAGAGAGAUCUCAGAGCUCCAGCAAUGGCGGCCGUGCGAAGCGCUGUACUGAAACACCUCAGGGUUAGGGCUUCGCUUUCUCCUCUGCAGGUUCCGGCCAUAUCCAUCUCUCGUGUGUUCGGGCGAUUCUUCUCCGAGGAGGUGAAGGGAUCGUUCCUUGACAAGUCUGAGGUGACCGAUCGGGUCAUCACCGUCGUCAAGAACUUUCAGAAGGUUGAACCUUCGAAGGUUACUCCAAAUGCUCAUUUCCACAAUGACCUUGGUCUUGAUAGCUUGGAUGCUGUAGAGAUCGUCAUGGCUUUGGAAGAAGAAUUUGGGUUUGAGAUCCCUGACAACGAAGCAGAUAAGAUAAAUUCAAUCAGCCUAGCUGUCGACUUUAUAGCUUCUCAUCCACAGGCUAAAUAAGACAUUGUUAUCACCAUUUUAUUCUCUUUCAUUUUU